CGAUCGUGGGGCGGAGGAGAAGAAAGCGGUUUGUCGUUGGCCUUAACCGCGGAGGAUUCACGGUUAAAGCCCACGAGCGGCGGACGUCGUUCAUGAUCCCCUUUAUCCAAUCCGUGAGGAUCCGCGGGGCGUUAAAUCCCUCACGGGAAAGCUCCGUAACUGAGCUCUCGCGUUCGCGCGCGCUAAGUCGGUCAGCUCGGUCCAGCCGAGCGAGAGGAUCACAAUACCGGCGCCGACCGCGGCCGGGCACAUCCAUCCCCGGCUCGCGCGUUCUCUCCCCGUGAAAAUUAGUUGCGCGAGAAAUCCAUGCUAAUGUCGGCUAAUCGGCCGUAAUCAGCCGUGAGAGCUGACGGCUGUCGCGAGUCGACGUACUGUGGAAGAUCACGACGAGAGGCGGAUCCUCUCCUUCGGGCCGCGUCAGCGGAUUUGAUCGCUGACGGAUUGACGCGCGAGCGGGCGGGAUUCGUAUUGAAAACGAUCGUGUUUCCACAAUCCGAAACAGCCUAUUCUCGGACUGUAGCGCGAACUGACAGGUCAAGAUGACUGAACAAGAAGCUGGACAACCGAGUGAGCCUCCUACUCAAGGGGAGACUUAUGAUCCUCAUAAGAGUCGUAUUACUUACAGACCAGUGUCAGACUUUGGAUCUCUCGCGAACUUAAUAAAAAGCGCAGCCGGAACAGGUCUCUUCGCCAUGCCGAACGCGUUUGCCUGCGUCGGGCUCUUUCUCGGGAUUGUCGGUACGGCGUUUAUGGGAUUGCUGAUAACCGUGUCCCUUCAGUUACUCGUCAGAAUUCACCAUACGAUGUGCAUCCGUCUAAGGAAGCCCGUUUUGGUGUACGACGAGGUGGUAGUCGCCACUUUAACCACGGAUGUGCGAAGACCAUGGCUCUCGCCGCGCGCUGCAACACUCAUCGUCGAUAUCACCAUGCUGGCGUGCUACAUCGGGAUUGGUUCGGUUUACGUCGUCUUCAUUUCUGGCACCAUCCAAGAGUGUGUAGACAGUGAAAAAGCCAUCGGUCAAAGCUACUACGCGCUCAUGAUAUUUCCACUUCUUUUUAUAAUGAACAUGGCGAAGAAUCUGGCGGAUAUCGCGCCGAUUUCUAUCGUCGGGAACGUUUUGCUCAUCGCCGCCGGCCUCAUUGGAAUCGUGUAUGCUUUGAAAGACGGAAUCGGCGACACGUGGAGCCCGAUCGGGCCGCACGUGGACGAAUACCCGAAGUUCAUCGGCGUGGUUUUCUUCAGUAUGUGUUCUCCGGGGGUGAUAUUGGCGAUAGAACAUAGUAUGAAAAAACCAUGGAAUUACGUUAAAUUUUGCGGAAUACUGAACUGGGGCAUGAUAUUUUUGGUCGUGAUACACAUUCUCGUCGGAGCUAUUGGUUACUUGAAGUGGGGACCCGCUGCGCUUGGCAAUUUUAUCCGUAAUCACGAGAUACACGACGGACCGACGAUAACGGCACUGAUAAUGCAAGCGCUGGCAAUAUACUUCACGUACGGGUUGCAGUGUUACAUGCCCAUUAGGAUUCUGAAUUACAGUUACAUCAUACCGGCCAUCGAAAAAGGCACCUGGAGAGGAACGCCGUUCCUCUGGGAUCUGAUCAUUCGCUUCGGCAUCACCAUCGUUACAUGCAUUCUGGCAGCGGCGAUCCCGAAGCUCGAUCUGUUUACCGGUCUGGUCGGCGCGAUAUGUAUAUCCACAUUGGCCACGUUGAUCCCGGUUACCCUGUACAUCCUCGUACACCACGAGGAUUUCGGAAAGUUUAAAUGGAGACUAAUACUGGGCGUUUCCAUGUUAUCCAUCGCUUCUUUCGCGGCCAUAUGUGCCAUAACGACUAAUUUCAUCUUAAUCGUCAAGUAUUUUCAAUACGGGGAUUGAAGCCGGAGCGACGGCGGUGUUAUCUUAAUCUAGUCUCUGUUCGUAGUCCGCAGCCCGAUGAAAAUACCGUCGGCGCGCCUCGUAGCGUUUCCCAUUUUUGUCUUCGGGC